ACCCAGAUGAAGCCGUUGCAUACGGUGCAGCAAUUCAAGCAGCUAUUUUGACCGGUAGCAAAGACAGCAAAAUUCAAGAUGUACUUCUCGUCGACGUUACACCACUUUCAUUGGGUAUCGAAACGGCCGGUGGAGUAAUGACAAAGCUCAUCGAACGAAAUGCUCGCAUCCCAUGCAAACAAACGAAAACAUUCACCACAUACGCCGACAACCAACCAGGCGUAUCGAUUCAGGUGUUCGAAGGCGAACGAGCUAUGACCAAAGAUAACAAUGUUCUGGGUAGAUUUGAGUUGAGCGGAAUCCCACCAGCACCACGAGGCGUUCCACAAGUUGAAGUGACAUUCGAUCUGGAUGCGAACGGUAUUUUAAAUGUAACAGCCAAAGAAAUGAGUUCUGGCAACUCGAAGAACAUCACCAUCAAAAACGACAAAGGACGUUUGUCACAAGCAGAAAUCGAUCGAAUGCUAUCUGAGGCCGAACAAUAUCGUGAAGAUGAUGAGAAACAACGCGAAAGGAUUUCUGCUCGUAACAGCCUGGAAGCAUAUGUAUUCAGUGUGAAACAAGCAAUCGACCAAGCUGGUGACAAAUUGAGCGACGAUGAUAAAUCAAAGGCACGUAAUUGCUGCGAGGAAGCCAUCAAAUGGAUUGAUAGCAACGGAUUGGCCGAUAAAGAUGAAUUUGAACACAAAAUGCAAGAAGUCAGCCAGAUUUGCUCGCCAAUCACGACGAAGAUCCACACUGGUGGAGCGGGAAGUGGACCAAGCAGCUGCGGCCAACAAACUAGAAACAACUCCAACAGUCAUCGUGGUCCAAAAAUUGAGGAAGUCGAUUAAAUCCAUAAGAACAUAUAGCGAAUAAGUAAAUAAUCAGUAUCACAAGCAAAAAGUAAUAAAAUAAGAAAAUUUAUUUUUAGAUCUCAGAUUAAAAUGUAAUUAGAAUUAAGAAGAAUAAAAUAAAAAUAUCAAAUCUGUUGAGUUGAGAAAAAAAAACAAAAAAAUCUUUUAUUAUAAAGAAUUUUAAUAAAAUCAAUGCGAAAAAUACAAACCUUUGAAUUGCACGAGCAACACGAUUCAUCGAAAAGCAUUUGAGUGUUUUACACCGAGAAACGUCAAGCAAUGAGUGACAGAUGAUAAUAACAUAAACAACUUUCAUUCGCACAAUAGAUGCGGCUUCUUCUGCUUUACAUUUUAAAAUGAAUCGCAAUGGAACAUCAAAAUUCUUCUACUCCGAUUCCACCGUCAUUAAACAAUAGAAUCAACGCUUUGUUGCGGCUGUGCCGAGUUUGUUUGGCUAAAACAGAUACAAAUUUCAUAUCCAUACAUUCGUUGUAUUCAUGGAGUGGAACCGAAAAUCGUUCGACGGUAUCGAUGAUAAAGAAUUUGUUGAACGUGAAUAUUUCUAGUGAAAAGCAGCAGCCACAGCGAAUCUGUUCAAAGUGUUUCAACAAAGUACGCUUGAUUUAUGCAUUUCGAAAUCAAUGCCAUGGAACCAAUAUCAAGUUGAGGGAAUUUCACAAGCAAAUUGUGGGCAAAUCAAACAUUCAACAGUCGAGGACAGACGGUGGACCUGAAAAUGUUACUACAAAAUAUGAAACCACUUUGAAAAUCGUUAACAAUUUGCACUUGGACAUUGCGAGUCAAACAGCUGAUGCGUAUACGGAGAGGCAGGAAAAGUCUAUUGUUGACGAUUCCUCAAAUCCUAGCAUGGAUUCACCGACACUCGACCAGAGUUAUAUCAGAUAUUCAACUGAUCCAUACGAAGAUAUUGCCAUUACAAUUGAGGACAACCACCAAAAUAAGAAUUCAGAGAGAGAAAAUGAGGCUGCCAAAUUACACAAGAGUUCAAAUGUGAUAGAAGUUUCACCAGAUGUCAAAGAAAUUCCUCAAUCCACCGAUGAAUCCAUUGCUCCACCUGGGGAUAUCAAACGGAAAAAACGAACCGAUAAUAGUGACGAUGUAGUGAAUUUCAGCCCAGCCUCCGAGCUAUGUGCACUUUGUGGAUUACAAUUCGAAAAUUCAGCCGAGUACAUCCGCCAUAUGCGUACGAAGCAUGACGAAGGUGCCAAUGAGAAGAAAUUCAAGUGCCAAUACUGCGGAAAAGGUUUCAGACAAAAAGCUGGUCGAAACUUACAUCACAAUCUACACACACAGGAAGAGAAAUUCAUAUGUGAUUUAUGCGGAAAGGUUUUCCUAACCAAAAUCAGUAUUAUACUCCAUUUUAAGUAUCAUUUCGGUAUAAAAAAGCACGCGUGUACCGAAUGCGGUUAUCGUUUCGUCACUCCACGUGAGGUUCGAGAUCACAUAAAGAAGAAACAUUCGGCCAAAUCGAUAGCUUGUACUUACUCCAAUUGUACUGCAACAUUCAGCAGUGAAUACCAUCUAAAUAUUCAUCUGCGAGUGCAUGAUACAAAUCAUGCGUACGUUUGUGAUAUUUGUGGCGUGGCCACGGUCAACAAAUACCGUCUAACGGAACACAAACGAAUUCAUAGCGGCGUCAACAAAAGCAAAUGUCCAAUUUGUUUGAAGGUGUUCGCUAGACAACGCAAUGUCGCACGACAUAUGAAAACAAGACACAAAGAUCACAAACUUUAGAAAUAAAUUUGUCAAACCACAUAAAAAUCCAAAACUGAAGUUCCAAUUGUUAUCAUUUUUACUAUAAAAUUGAAUCGAUGAAGAUGUGCCACAGUUAUCUUGACAAAAAAAUACCUUAAAUGAAAAAAAUAUUUGUUCUUUUUUUUCAUAAUCUCAAUAAAAUUUAAUGAUUGUUUCCAUUUGCCAUAAUUCUCAGUGAAAACUUCCAAGCAUUUGUUCUAUAAACACGAGACGAAGAAUGUGUGUAAUAUUUUUGUACUUGUAUGAGAAAAAAACGAUAAAAAAUUCUCUUGAAAUACAAUCAAAUGUCGUCUUAUUCAAAGUUAACUUACUAGAUGAAGGGAUUAUUUCAAUAAUUAUUCAAAUAAAUAUAAUCAUUCAAUGCCAAUACAGACAGUAAUUGUUUUUUUUUUGGUUAAGAGUCAGAUGUUGAAUACAAUUUAUUUUUGGUAUGUGCAAAAAGGUCUUAACUUUGUGGUCUUGCGGUUAUAAGUGCUCUAUUAAAAUUCAGUUUAAAAUUCAGUUUGUUUUUUUUUUUAAAUAGUCUAUAGAUUUGUAUUAGCGAUGGUUUUUUUUAGUUUUUCUUAUUUCAAAAUGAAAGACAGUAAGUUGAUCUAACAAU